AUGGAUAUUCGCUACAAACAAGGCAAGGACAAUAUUGUAGCCGAUUUUUUAUCAAGACUUCAUCCAGAAACCAAUAAGGAUGAAAUUACUCACACUGUCGCUGUAGUUACUCGACAGCAAAAGCGGCAACAGCAGCAAGAAGAUAAAGAACUUGCGAGUCGGACAAACGCAGAGAACAAAACCCCAACACAAAUUACGGAUCAAACGGGAAGAUUUGGUCUUUUCAAGAAUAAACAGAUAUCCGAGUGGAAUCCGCACAUGGAUGGUUUAGAGAAUAUCGAUUUCGAAUGGGACGAGAAGAGUGAUGUUGACAGAUUGAUCUCACACCAAGACUUCCAGAAUGAUCUAGCCCAAGGACGUAUUGAUUUUAAAUUAUUAAAAUUUUCGAAGAGCAAGAUCGAAGAAAGCCAAACAGACGCCACAUUCGUGAUUGUCAACAGUAAAUCAGCCUAUAAAGAGCUAAGCGAAUUGGUCGACCUACCUCAUGGGUUGAAAGAUUAUUUGAACGGUAGAGUAUUUGCGAUACCCAACCGAAAAAUAUGGGGAAUGAUAUUAAACGGGUCGAGCCGAUCAAGAGCCGACACAAAAGUAUUUUUUGAAGGAUUUUUUCCUCUGGCCGUCAAGAAGGUUGAGUUUAAGAAAGUGGUUAAUCCGCUGUUUGAGAAAUGCGUCAAGAACUUCGGCAUCGGUCAGAAUGUGCAACCGAAGCGUGAUCUGUCCCGGUUCGUCCGUUGGCCGAAAUACAUUCGCAUUCAGCGACAUAAGGCAGUUCUACAAAAGCGCCUGAAGAUUCCGCCACCGAUUAACCAGUUCUCGCAGGCUUUGGAUAAACAUACCGCCCAGCAGUUGUUCAAGCUGUUGGAAAAGUAUCGUCCGGAGAAUCAGAUCGCUAAAAUCCAGCGCCUGAAGGCUAAGGCCGAGGCAAAGGCUGCCGGCAAUCCUGAACCACCGGCGAAGAAGGGCAAUCAGCUGCGCCAGGGUGCUAACACCGUGGUAAAACUAGUAGAGCAGAAGAAAGCUCAGCUGGUUGUUAUCGCUCAUGAUGUGGACCCAAUUGAGUUGGUCAUCUAUCUGCCCGCUCUGUGCCGCAAGAUGGGAAUCCCAUACUGUAUUAUCAAGAGCAAAUCUCGUUUGGGAACGCUAGUGUAUCGCAAGACUUGUACCUGCAUUGCACUUACCCAGGUUGGCAAUUCGGACCGGGCCAAUCUGUCCAAACUGAUGGAAACCAUUAAGACUAACUUCAACGAUCGCUAUGAGGAAAUUCGCAAGCACUGGGGAGGUGGUCUGCUUGGUCCGAAGAGUAUGGCUCGCAUCGCCAAGCUCAAGAGGGCCAAGGCGCGGGAAUUGACACAGAAGACGCUGUAAGCUCAAUAGUUUGAUGGGUGUGUCGAUUCAAUGUAUGCUUAGGUGCAUAAUAUUGUGU